AUGAGGGCAAAUCUGGACAAGAUCAAUGGGAGUGACAGGGAGUGCAGGAGGCAACAGGAGAUUCAAACCACUCCCAUUGACAAGAUCAAUGGGAGUGACAGGGAGUGCAGGAGGCAACAGGAGAUUCAAACUCCGUCGUCUCCAGGACCAGCCACACUUCUUGCCGUCGCUGCAACCUCUCCGCGUCCGGAGCUCGCUGCAACCCCCGCACCGGACCUUACUCCAGCUCCGUCUGCCUCUGCUCCAGCCACAGUCCCCAUGGCCAUGGGGUUCCAGGUGGCCUGGCUGGCACCUAGCCGACAGGCUUCAAGGCUGGUGGCUUGGCCUCCCGCCCCAGUUAGUGGGCUCUCUGCUCCUUCUGAGCAUCCUAUGAUUCUUCCGAGUCUCCUAGUGCUCCCAGUGUUCCUUCGUCGCACUUUUGACCCUUUGUUGACUCCCAAUCUUGCCUCGUCUCCUUCUAGUGUUCUUAGUGUUUCUCCCGAGUUUCUUCCCCCUAGUGAGCUGUGUGACUCCCCGUCGCCCCUUAGUGGUCCCCGUGUUCCCUCGUCAUCCCCUAGAAGUCCCAGUGAUUCCUCUGAGUCUUCCCAUAGAGCUCCUCCCAAGUCCUCGCCUGCGGUUGCUCCUCCCGAGUCCCCGCCUCCUGGGGGCACCAGAGACUCCUCGCCGUUGCCUCCUGGUGGCACCAGAAACUCCUCUCUGCCGCCUCCGGGCGGCACCAGAGACUCCUCGCCGCCGCCUCCGUGGGUCCCGCCUCCUCCCAAGUCCUCGCCUGCGGUUGCUCCUCCCGAGUCACCGCCUCCUAGUGGCACCAGAGACUCCUCGCCAUUGCCUCCAGGUGGCACCAGAGACUCCUCGCCAUUGCCUCCAGGUGGCACCAGAGACUACUCGCCGCCGCCUCCUGGUGGCACCACAGACUCCUCUCCACCGCCUCCUGGCGGCACCAGAGACUCCUCUCCGCCGCCUCCUGGCGGCACCAGAGACUCCUCGCCGUUGCCUCCUAGUGGGACCAGAGACUCCUCACUGUUGCCUCCAGGUGGCACCAGAGACUCCUCGCCGUUGCCUCCAGGUGGCACCAGAGACUCCUCACUGUUGCCUCCAGGUGGCACCAGAGACUCCUCGCCGCCACCUCCUAGUGGCACCAGAGACUCCUCACCGCCACCUCUGUGGGUCCCCCAUCCUCCCGAGUCCUCUCCUGUGGUUGCUCCUCCCGAGUCCCUGCCUCCUGACGGCACCAGAGACUCCUCUGCCCCACCUCCGGGCGGCACCAGAGACUCCUCUCCGCCGCCUCCGGGCGGCACCAGAGACUCCUCGCCGCCGCCUCCUGGCGCCAUCAGAGACUCCUCGCCACCGCCUCCUGGUGGGACCAGAGACUCCUCUCUGCCGCCUCCUGGCGGCACCAGAGAGGAGUCUCUGCCGCCUCCAGGCGGCACCAGAGACUCCUUGCCGCCGCCUCCGUGGGUCCCGCCUCCUCCCGAGUCCUCACCUCCUGGAGGCACCAGAGACUCCUCGCCGUUGCCUCCUAGUGGCACCAGAGACUCCUUGCCGCCACCUCCUAGUGGCACCAGAGACUCCUCACCGUUGCCUCCAGGUGGCACCAGAGACUCCUCGCCGCUGGCUCCGUGGGUCCUGCCUCCUCCCAAGUCCCCGCCUCCUGGUGGCACCAGAGACUCCUCUCCGCCGCCUCCGGGGGGCACCAGAGACUCCUCACCGCCGCCUCCGUGGGUCCUGCCUCCUCCCGAGUCCUCACCUGCGGUUGCUCCUCCCGAGUCCCCGCCUCCUGGCGGCACGAGAGACUCCUCUCCGCCGCCUCCGGGCGGCACCAGAGACUCCCUGCCGCCACCUCCUCGCUACCUGUGUUGA